GUGCAGGAUGUCGGUGUCACUCGGUGUGUGAAGACCCACUGAAGGAGACGCGAGGUGGAGGUUUAACAACUCUGAAAAGUUAGUUUAUUUGAUUUCAAGACUUCUGUUUCAUCAGGGCCAAGGCGCUCCGGUGCACUGUCUGCCUACACGGGGCGGAAACGCUGACAAAUUGACGCCGAAUGACACUUAGGUUUGUUAACUUGGAUUUCGUGUACUGUCGAGACAAAUACAAGAGUGAAAAAGUAAUAUAAACAACUUGCUCGCGUGUAAGAAGGGACUUUGAAUCAUCUACGUUGCUUGGAAAAUUGGAUACAAGCCCUGUUUUUAAAACCACAGGCUUUGCUUAUGGGUCUAAGAAAUGUCUGGUUUUGCAGUCAUGGGUGAGGCACCGGUGGUAGAAGAUGGUACAGUCACUCGAUCAGCAGAGUAUGUGGGUUCAUUUCCUGUGGAUGACUGCUGCUUGGAUGACCAGAUAGAGCAGCUGCACACUCAGCUGAAGUCCCUCAAAACAUGCAAAAGAAUGAGGCCUGUAUCCCUAAAAUUCUCGAUCAAAGGUGUGAAAAUGUACAAUGAGGAUGAAACGAAACUCCUGAUGGCUCACGCUCUGCGGCGUGUCUCUCUGUCCACCGCACGUCCCUCAGAUGCCCAGUUUGCCUUUGUCUCCCACAACCCAGGCAGCACUGAUGCCCAGCUGUACUGCCACAUCUUUCAAGCAAGGCAUUCGAGAGCGGCACAGUUCCUGAACCUCCUGCUUUGCCGAUGUUUCCAGCUGUCUUACUUAGAAAAGCACCCAGAGGAGGCUCAGGGAGACUCUGUAGGCUCAGCGCCUGCGCGCAACCCCUCCCUGCUCAACCACGGCUUCCCUCUAAGCGUUAGCGCCCUGGUGUCCUUCAGAAGAGCCCCUUUUCAGGGCCUGUUGCCGGGAUCUAAGACAAAUCAAAAGUCUUCCGAUGACUUGAACAGCAGCCAGGAUGAAGUCUUCCCCACCUCCUCCCCCUCCCUGGUGCGCAAGAAAGCCAUCCGCACCAAGGUGCUGCGCUCUGGGGCCUUCCGCUCUUUCACUUUCACGCCGCUCAAACAGCGCAACGUUCAGGAGCGACUGAGUGCCUCACAAGGAAAGGAGCAAGACAAAGCACCAGUGAGGAGAUCACGAGCCCCGAGUUUGGCCGAAACCGAAGAAGCACUGGCUCAAGCGGUGUGGUGUUGGGCUGGUAUCGCAACUGACAGCAGCUUUUCCCUGCUUGCAGACGAUGUUCUUGGGUCAUACCUCCUGUGCCCCCAUCCCAAAAAACCCAAAUGUGGCUCUCUUAUCAUCCGCUUCCCCUCUGGCCUGAUCACCCACCUUAUCGGAAACACUCACAAAGGGAAAUUCCUGCUCGAGCAAUGCAAGACGGAAUUCAGUUCCAUAGCAGAGCUGAUCGAACAUUACACAGAGACUCGGGAAGAGCUGCCGUGUCUGCUAAGCUGUGCCCGGGUAAACCACUGUUACGAGUGGGAGGAGAGCUCCAGCUCACAGCAGCUUCUAAAUCCACGCAAGAGCCUGAACAAAGCCAGAAUUAAAAGUACCGACAGAAAGGACUUGGUUUAAUCCCUGGACACUGGAAUAUGUGGAAUGCCAACCUCAGAAUGAGUGACAACUUUUUUUAUUUGCAAAGGUAUCAUCUUAUAUGUUUAAGUCACAUUUGGUGUUUUUGGGAGGAUUCACAAAAGUGUUGGCACUUAAUGUAUAUAGUUUACAAGUCAUUUUAUGACAGGGUACUUAUUUGUAAAGCUACUUUUUAUGUUUUUCAAUACAGUCUUUUGAAUAGCCCUUAAAGGCUAGAAGAGUUGAUUUGUGUUUUUAAGAGGUGAAACCGAACUAAUUGAAUCUUGAGUAGCAGAAUUGUUUUAUUUCUUUCAAGUUGCACAAAUAUAUUUGAUCAAAUUUUAAUCUUGCUUUCAUGUUUCUCUUAAUGUGUUCAGACGUUAGACCUCGGGAAUAUGUAAGCAGUAAUCCUAUACAAGAUAAUGUGUCCUGGUAUAAGAAAAUUUGACCAUGAUAUUAAAUAGUUUCUAUAUCUCAAAACCUUAAUGUUUUGCUUUUCCUGUAUCAUGGCUUCUAAGAAGGGUCAUGCUUUUCUGUGUUUGAAACUUUGUAUGCAGUCAAAUUUUACUGCUAAUUUAAACUGGUACUUUUGGUAUGCAGUUUUCUCUAAAUGAGGUCUUUUAUCAUAAGAUUGUCUGCUCUUUUUUUUUGUUACUCGUAGAGGUCCAUUUCAAUGUAGGUACCUAAUGUGAUUACUUUGUACUAUCUAUAUACACAUUAGGUCAUUUUCAUAUUGUUUGAGAUUAAACAACCAGGGUUCUCUGAUUUCAACCAA